GUGUCCUGUGCCCAGCCAGAGAGCGGGGAGAAGCCCAACGCAGAGGACAUGACAUCCAAGGACUACUACUUCGACUCCUACGCCCACUUUGGCAUCCACGAGGAGAUGCUCAAGGACGAGGUGCGGACGCUCACGUAUCGGAACUCCAUGUUCCACAACCGGCACCUGUUCAAGGACAAGGUGGUGCUGGACGUGGGCUCGGGCACGGGCAUCCUCUGCAUGUUUGCGGCCAAAGCCGGGGCCCGGAAGGUCAUCGGGAUCGAGUGCUCCAGCAUCUCUGACUACGCCGUCAAGAUCGUCAAGGCCAACAAGCUGGACCACGUGGUGACCAUCAUCAAGGGCAAAGUGGAGGAGGUGGAGCUGCCCGUGGACAAAGUGGACGUGAUCAUCAGCGAGUGGAUGGGCUACUGCCUGUUCUACGAGUCUAUGCUCAACACCGUCCUGCACGCCCGGGACAAGUGGCUGGCCCCCGACGGGCUCAUCUUCCCAGACCGGGCCACCCUCUAUGUGACAGCCAUCGAGGACCGGCAGUACAAGGACUACAAGAUCCACUGGUGGGAGAACGUCUACGGCUUCGACAUGUCCUGCAUCAAGGAUGUGGCCAUCAAGGAGCCGCUCGUGGACGUGGUUGACCCCAAGCAGCUGGUGACCAACGCCUGUCUCAUCAAGGAGGUGGACAUCUACACGGUGCGGGUGGAUGACCUGACCUUCACGUCGCCCUUCUGCCUGCAAGUGAAGAGGAACGACUACGUGCACGCGCUGGUCGCCUACUUCAACAUCGAGUUCACGCGCUGCCACAAGCGCACGGGCUUCUCUACCAGCCCCGAGUCCCCGUACACGCACUGGAAGCAGACGGUCUUCUACAUGGAGGACUACCUCACAGUGAAGACGGGCGAGGAGAUCUUCGGCACCAUCGGCAUGCGGCCCAACGCCAAGAACAACCGCGACCUCGACUUCACCAUCGACCUCGACUUCAAGGGGCAGCUGUGUGAGCUCUCGUGCUCCACCGACUACAGGAUGCGCUGAGCCGGCCCCGCGGGCCAUCCCGGGCCCCCACCCCGUCUCCCCCCCCAAGGCCUCUCCGGUCGGAGGCCCCAGCCCCUCCCCUCCUCUGUCCUCCACCCCCCAGGCUGGCUCCCUGCCCCCGGGUGAGGGAGAGGGCUGGGCGACAUCGUGACUGUGUUUUUCAUAACUUAUGUUUUUAUAUGGUUGCAUUCAUGACAAUAAACCGUCAGCUGGGUUCCGGGAGCGAGCAGAGCUUGGGCCGGGGGUUGCUGGGGGCCGGGCACUGGGCAGCAGCGGGCAGAGGGCUGGGCCUGUGCCCCUCCUGGCUCUGUGACCCUGGGCGAGUCUCUUCACCCUCGGGGCCACCACGAAAUGCCCCCUACCCUCCCUCGGGUGGGGGCGCUGGCCCAGCUGUGUCCCCCUUGAAUCACUGUUUUCCCCAGAGUAGCCAAGGAAGCUGCUAGAGAUCCCAGAGCCCCAGUGAGCUUUGUCUACACCUGGAUGCCCACCCUCCCCACCAGGGUUCUCAGGAGGCUCUCCUGCAGGCCUCAGUUUCCCCAUCUGUCAAGUGGGAGGGGGUGCUCAGUGAGGGCCUUCCUACCCGAAUCCCGCACCCCUGGGGUAGCAGGACCACCCCCAGCCCCCGAAGCCUCCCACUUCAGAGGGCCCCCAUCUCCCAAGCUGCCGGGAAGGAAGGGCCAGUAAAUAAAAGCCUCUGCCUCAGA